GCAGUAGCCACUGACGCUGAGCAAUGUUCUGAUUUAGGGCUACAGAUGUUAAAAGAUGGCGGAAAUGCAGUAGAUGCAGCUGUCACGGCAACGCUAUGUCUUGGCGUUAUUAAUCCGCAGAGCUCUGGUCUUGGAGGAGGAGGUUUCAUGUUGGUCCAUGAUCAUAAAGUGGACAAGUCAUGGGUGUAUGAUUUUCGAGAGGUAGCACCUGCAUUACUGACCGCUGAUAUGUUUGGUUCCGAUGAAAACUUUGGUCUAUCAGUAGGGGUACCUGGUGAACUGAAAGGAUUGUCUGCUGCUCAUACAGCACAUGGAAAAUUAAAGUGGUACAACGUGGUAAAACCGGUGGCAGAUUUAGCAAGGAAUGGUUUUAAUGUCACAAAAGCUCUAGCUCAUACUUUGGAUACUAGAGUUAAAGUAACAGAUAUGUCCCCCAAGAUGAAAAGCAUUUUCAGUUUAGAUGGUCGAGCUGUUCAGGAAGGUGAUUUUAUAAAUCGUGUAGACCUGGCUGAUGUUUUGGAUGAGAUUGCUAAUGAUGCGGAUGCCCUUUAUUACGGCGCUCUUGCUGAUGAUUUUGUCAAAGCGGCAAAGGACAAUCAAGGGGUAAUAACUCUAGAUGAUAUGAUGAACUAUAAAGUUGUAGAGAGAGAUCUGAUUAAGACAUCAUUUCAAGGGUUUGUGGCCACUGUACCACCACCAUCAGCCGGUCCACUGUUGCUGAUGAUGAUGAACAUCAUGGAAGGAUUCAACUGGACCAGUAAGGAUGUAGAUAAACCAGAAACUUACCACCAGAUGAUCGAGACUUUCAAAUUUGCAUAUGCUCACCAUGGUGAUUUGGGUGAUCCUGAUUUCGACAAGUUUAAAAUAGACAAUAUAACUAAAAUUCUAAUCAGUAAAGACUACGCCAAUGAGUUAAGAAAGAAAAUCGACAAUGAAACUCAUCUUCAAGAUUAUUAUAUGGCCAACUCUCAACAAACACCUAAUGGUGGAACAUCCCAUCUCUCUGUUGUAGAUGCUUCAGAAUUAACCGUCUCUCUUACAAGCACCGUAAAUACCUGGUUUGGAUCCAAGAUAAUGAGUGAAAAAGGAAUCGUUUUAAACAAUGAAAUGGCAGAUUUUUCAGUGCCGGCUUUCACAGCGAAAUCCAUGUUUCAACUUCCAGAAAAUCCUCAUAAUUUGAUAGAACCAGGAAAGAGACCCCUGUCAUCCAUGACGCCUGCGAUUGUCUACAAUAAAGCACAACCCUGCAAUAAACGUAUCAUUAUUGGCGCCGCUAAUGGAACCAAAAUU